AUGGGGUGGAACAGUGGUGACUCCUUUCCAGCAGCAAUCACUGGAGACUGCACCAUGGACCCCUCCAGGCAGUACCAAGGUGCUUCACCUUCUGUGUUCCUGAUAGAGACAUGUUCCCUUGUGAGCAUCCUGGGGAUUGCUAUCUUCAGCCUGUCGGAAAUGACCUGGCUUCCACCACUUUCUGCUAUUCAAACACCUGGCAAAGUGGAACCAAGCAAAUUUCCAUUUCCAAACAAGGACUCCCAGCUUGUAUCCUCUGGACACAAUAAUCCAAAGAAAGGUGAUGCCGAGCCAGAGAGUCCAGACAAUGGCACAUCGAAUACAUCAAUGCUAGAAGAUGACCUUAAGCUAAGUAGUGAUGAAGAAGAGAGUGAACAGCAGGCAGCCCAGAGAACGGCUCUCCACGCUCUAUCUGACAGCACCGUGGUCCAGCAGACCAACUGCAGAGGCUCUGUGCCCCCGUCCAGCAAGGGCAGCAGCAGCGGCAGCAGCAGCAGCAGCAGCAGCUCCUCCAGUGACUCAGAGAGCAGCUCAGGAUCUGACUCCGAGACUGAGAGCAGCUCCAGCGAGAGCGAGGGCAGCAAGCCCCCCCACUUCUCCAGCCCCGAGGCUGAACCAGCGUCCUCUAACAAGUGGCAGUUGGAUAAAUGGCUAAACAAAGUUAAUCCCCACAAGCCUCCUAUUCUGAUCCAAAACGAAAGUCACGGGCCAGAGAGCAAUCAAUACUACACCCCGGUGAAAGAUGAAGGGCAAGACUGUGGGAAACUUACUGAUAUUUGCCAAACCAGCCUGAGAGAGAAGGAAAUCAAGAGUGCCUGCAAGGAGGAGCAGAGGCCCAGGACUGCGAACAAGGCCCCGGGAAGCAAAGGAGUGAAGCAGAAGUCCCCGUCCGCGGCCGUGGCCGUGGCGGUGACCGCAGCUGCCCCGCCGCCCGCGGUGCCCGGUGCGCCCGCAGAGAGCGCGCCCGCGCCGGCCCGGAGGUCGGCGGGCAAGAAGCCCACCAGGCGCACCGAGCGGACCUCUGCCGGGGACGGCGCCAACUGCCACCGGCCGGAGGAGCCCACGGCCGCAGACGCGCUGGGGGCGAGCGGGGGACCCCCAGAGCCCCCCAAAACCAGGCCCUGCGGAAACAGCAGAACGAGUCACCGCAAGGAGCUGCGCUCCUCCGUGACUUGCGAGAAGCGGCGCACGCGGGGGCUGAGCAGGAUCGUCCCCAAAUCCAAGGAGUUCAUUGACACAGAGUCCUCUUCUUCAUCCUCCUCCUCGGACUCGGACCUGGAGUCUGAGCAGGAGGAGUACCCUCUGACCAAAGCGCAGACCGUGGCCACCGCCGCUCCCGCUGCCUCCGGGAGUGACCAGAGACUGAAGGAGGCUGCCAACAGUGUCAGCAGCGGUGGAGGUCCCAGGGCCUCUGUAGGCUCCAUCAACGCCAGGACCACCAGUGACAUAGCCAAGGAGCUGGAAGAGCAGUUCUACACGCUGGUCCCCUUCGGCAGAAACGAACUUCUCUCCCCACUGAAGGACAGUGAUGAGGUCAGGUCUCUCUGGGUCAAAAUUGACUUGACCCUCUUGUCCAGGAUCCCAGAACACCUGCCCCAAGAGCCAGGGGUCUUGAGUGCUCCUGCGGCCAAGGACCCUGAGAAUGCACCACCCAGCCACACUUUAGAUACACCUGCAGAAAAGGCUUUGCCAAAAUCCAAGAGGAAACGCAAGUGUGACAAUGAAGAUGACUACAGGGAGAUGAAGAAGACCCAGGGAGAGAAAGAGAGCUCUUUGAGACUCACCACCUCUACCACUAAUACCUUGUCUGUGAACCACUGCAACAUGAAUAUCAACAGCUUGGCAAUACCAAUAAAUAAAAAUGAAAAAAUGCUCCGGUCACCCAUCUCUCCCCUCUCUGAUGCAUCCAAACACAAAUAUUCCAGCGAGGACUUGACUUCUUCCAGCCGACCUCAUGGCAAUGGUGUGUUCACUUCUGUCUCUUCCAACAAAAAACCUAAGGCUGACAGCCAGCUGCAGUCGCAUGCCGGAGACCUCACGAAAGCAGCUCACAACAGUUCCGAAAACAGUCUCCUCCACAACAAGUCGCGGCCACAAACAGAGCCAUGGUCUCCAGGCUCCAACGGCCACAAAGACUGCAAGAGGCAGAAACUGGUCUUCGAUGACAUGCCUCGCAGUGCAGACUAUUUUAUGCAAGAAGCUAAACGGAUGAAGCAUAAAGCAGAUGCAAUGGUGGAAAAGUUUGGAAAGGCUUUGAACUAUGCUGAAGCAGCCUUGUCAUUUAUUGAAUGUGGAAAUGCAAUGGAGCAAGGCCCCAUGGAAUCCAAGUCUCCUUACACCAUGUACUCAGAAACAGUGGAGCUCAUCAGGUAUGCUAUGAGACUAAAAACCCACUCAGGCCCCAACGCCACUCCAGAGGACAAACAGUUAGCUGCAUUGUGUUACCGGUGCCUGGCUCUCCUCUACUGGCGGAUGUUUCGACUCAAAAGGGACCACGCUGUAAAGUAUUCAAAAGCACUUAUCGACUAUUUCAAGAAUUCAUCAAAAGCUGCCCAGACCCCAUCUCCAUGGGGUGCCAGUGGAAAGAGCACUGGAACCCCAUCCCCCAUGUCUCCCAACCCCUCUCCCACCAGCUCCGUGGGGUCUCAGGGCAGCCUUUCCAACACCAACGCCCUGUCCCCGUCGACCAUCGUGAGCAUCCCCCAACGCAUUCACCAGAUGGCGGCCAAUCACGUCAGCAUCACCAACAGCAUCCUCCACAGCUAUGACUACUGGGAGAUGGCUGACAACCUGGCCAAGGAAAACAGAGAAUUCUUCAAUGACCUGGAUUUGCUCAUGGGACCUGUCACCCUGCACAGCAGCAUGGAGCACCUGGUGCAGUACUCCCAGCAAGGCCUGCACUGGCUGCGGAACAGCACCCACCUGUCCUAAGGAUCUCACCCUUGAGCCAGUCUCUGCUCUCCUCUCCAUGGACGUCUCAAUAGUUCUGGACACUGUGCUACUGAAAUUCCCAGCCACAGCAUUUAUCAAACUGCAGUGAACACUUCCUCAGCAUCAAAUAAUGGUUUUUUCCAGGGCAUGUGUGUUUGUAUGUGUGGGUGUAGAAGGAGCCGCCUGUAUAUGUGUGUAAGACACACAGCUCUUACAACACAUUCUGUCUGUCUAGUUUCCAUUGUCUCAGGCUGGAUAAAGUGAUCAGACAUUCCUGAUUAGAGGAAAUACACAUCACACAUACACUCACAUACUUGCAGAUACAUACUCUCUAUUCCAGUGCUAAACCAUGACUUCUUUGAAAGUUCAACCAAAAUCUCAUGGGUUAGUUAACUAGGUGCAAUA